AGCCCUUGCUCAAAAGUGGUGCUUUUUGCUAACUGUGACCAGGAAGCGCAAUGAGCGAUCGCACCCUGAGAUGGAGACAUUGCUUGUUGAGACACCAUGCUCACGACUGGGCGAUUCUCAUUGCUCUGGCCAUCUUCGAGUUGCUUUUGCUCAAAGUGAUCCAUCCCUUCAGGAGGUACAUGAACGAGUACAUGAUCAAUGAUCUCAGGUUCCCGGUGAAGAGCUUCACGGUCCCAAUCGCGGCGCUUGUGGUGAUAUCGUUCGCGAUUCCUCUUCUAUUCAUUCUUGGCUACUAUGUCUUCAAGAGGAACACCCGUGAUUUGCAUCAUGCGAUUCUUGGCUUGUUCUUCACGGUUAUCAUCACCUCCGUGAUCACCGAUUCCUUGAAGAACUUGACGGGCCGACCCCGGCCAGACUUCUUUUGGAGAUGCUUUCCAGACGGCGUUCCGCAUUUCAAGCCAAUCUCUGGAGACGUCGCUUGCACUGGCUCGGCAGGCGAAGUUCGUCAAGGCUACAAGAGCUUCCCAAGUGGUCACGCUUCCUGGUCUUUCGCGGGGUUGGGAUACUUGUCAUGGUACCUCGCAGGUAGAAUCAAGUUUGCUGGUCACAGGGGUCGCAUUAUCAAGUUUGUGAUCGCCGCGCUUCCUCUCGUUGGAGCCACCUUGGUUGCCAUUUCGAUUAUGAAUGACUACUGGCACCACUGGAGUGAUGUCGUCGCUGGAGCAGUCAUUGGUUUGGUCGUUGGGGCGUUGUGCUACAGGCAGCAAUUCCCGAUAGAUCAGGAACGCGGCUUGAUCACUGAGGAAGAGCUUGGCGUCCCGAAUCAGGCCCAAACCGACAUAGAAAAUGGAAACCAAAACCAAAGGCAGCCAAUAAAUAAAUGAAAAAGAGAAUUCUCUGUUUUUA